AUGGUGCUCAGUCUGAAUGUUAUUCUGUUCCUAACUUUGCAUCUCUUGCCUGGAAUGAAAAGUUCAAUGGUAAAUUUGAUUAACAAUGGGUAUGACGGCAUUGUCAUUGCAAUUAACCCCAGUGUGCCAGAAGAUGAAAAACUCAUUGAAAACAUUAAGGAAAUGGUAACUGAAGCUUCUACUUACCUGUUUUACGCCACCAAACGAAGAGUUUAUUUCAGGAAUGUGAGGAUUUUAAUUCCAAUGACCUGGAAAUCAAAAUCUGAGUACUUCAUACCAAAACAAGAAUCAUAUGACCAGGCAGAUGUCAUAGUUGCUAAUCCUUAUCUAAAAUAUGGAGAUGAUCCCUAUACACUUCAAUAUGGAAGGUGUGGAGAAAAAGGAAAAUAUAUACAUUUUACUCCAAACUUCUUGUUGACUAAUAAUUCUCACAUCUAUGGGUCCCGAGGCAGAAUAUUUGUCCAUGAGUGGGCCCAUCUCCGCUGGGGAGUAUUUGAUGAGUAUAAUGUGGACCGGCCAUUCUAUAUUUCCAGAAAGAACACUAUUGAAGCAACAAGAUGUUCAACUCAUAUUACUGGUACUAAUGUGGUUUUCAAGAAGUGCCAGGGAGGCAGCUGUAUAACAAGGCCAUGCAGACGUGACUCACAGACAGGGCUGUACGAAGCAAAAUGUACAUUGAUCCCAGAAAAAUCCCAGACUGCAAAGGAAUCCAUUAUGUUUAUGCAAAGUCUCCAUUCUGUGACCGAAUUUUGUACAGAAAAAACACACAAUACAGAAGCUCCAAACCUACAAAACAAAAUGUGCAAUGGCAAAAGUACAUGGGAUGUAAUCACGAACUCUGUUGACUUUCAGAAUACAUCUCCCAUGACAGAAAUGAAUCCACCGACUCGUCCUACAUUUUCAUUGCUCAGGUCCAAACAGCGGGUAGUCUGUUUGGUACUUGAUAAAUCUGGAAGCAUGUCUUCAGAAGACCGUCUCAUUCGAAUGAAUCAAGCAGCAGAACUAUACUUGAUUCAAGUUAUUGAAAAGGGAUCUUUAGUUGGGAUGGUUACAUUUGACAGUGUUGCUAAAAUCCAAAAUCAUCUAACAAGAAUAACUGAUGAUAAUGUUUACCAAAAGAUCACUGCAAAUCUGCCUCAAGAAGCUAAUGGUGGAACUUCAAUUUGUAGGGGGCUCAAAGCAGGAUUCCAGGCAAUUAUCCACAGUAACGAGAGUACUUCUGGUUCUGAAAUCAUACUAUUAACUGAUGGGGAAGAUAAGGAAAUUAAUUUAUGCUUUGAGGAUGUAAAACAAAGUGGUGCAAUCAUCCACACCAUUGCUCUGGGACCUUCUGCUGCCAAAGAACUGGAGACACUGUCAAAUAUGACAGGAGGAUAUCGUUUUUUUGCCAAUAAAGACAUAAAUGGCCUUACUAAUGCUUUCAGUAGAAUUUCAUCUAGAAGUGGGAGCAUCACUCAGCAGGCUACUCAGUUGGAGAGCAAAGCCUUGAACAUUACAGGAAGGAAAAGAGUAAAUGGCACAGUGCCCGUAGACAGUACAAUUGGAAAUGACACUUUCUUUGUUGUCACAUGGACAAUAAAAAAACCAGAAAUUGUUCUCCAAGAUCCCAAAGGAAAGAAAUAUAAAACCUCAGAUUUCAAAGAAGAUAAGUUAAAUAUUCGGUCUGCUCGUCUGCGAAUACCUGGUAUUGCAGAGACAGGUACUUGGACUUACAGCCUUCUAAAUAAUCAUGCCAGUUCUCAAAUGCUAACAGUGACAGUGACUACUCGAGCAAGAAGUCCUACUACACCCCCAGUAACUGCAGCUGCUCACAUGAGUCAACACACAGCCCAUUACCCUAGCCCAGUGAUUGUUUAUGCACAAGUCAGUCAAGGGUUUUUGCCUGUACUGGGAAUCAGUGUAAUAGCCAUUAUGGAAACCGAAGAUGGACGUCAAGUAACAUUGGAGCUCUGGGACAAUGGUGCAGGUGCUGAUACUGUCAAGAAUGAUGGCAUCUACUCAAGAUAUUUUACAGAUUACUAUGGAAAUGGUAGAUACAGUUUAAAAGUACAUGCACAGGCAAGAGACAACACGGCUAGGCUAAAUUUAAGACAACCACAAAACAAAGCUCUGUAUGUUCCAGGCUACGUUGAAAAUGGUAAAAUUAUACUGAACCCACCCAGACCUGAAGUCAGAGAUGACCUGGCAAAAGCUAAAAUAGAAGACUUUAGCAGACUAACCUAUGGAGAGUCAUUUACUGUAUCAGGAGCUCCUACUGGUAAUCACCCUUCUGUGCUCCCACCCAAUAAAAUUACAGAUCUUGAGGCUAAAUUCAAAGAAGAUUAUAUUCAACUUUCAUGGACAGCCCCUGGCAAUGUCCUAGAUAAAGGAAAAGCCAACAGCUACGUUAUAAGAAUAAGUAAGAGUUUCAUGGAUCUCCAAGAAGAUUUUGACAAUGCGACUUUAGUGAAUACUUCUAAUCUAAUACCUAAGGAGGCCGGCUCAAAAGAAAAUUUUGAAUUUAAGCCAGAACAUUUUAGAGUAGAAAAUGGCACCAAACUCUAUAUUGCAGUCCAAGCCAUCAAUGAAGCCAAUCUCAUCUCAGAGGUUUCUCACAUUGUACAAGCAAUCAAGUUUAUUCCUCUACCAGAAGACAGUGUCCAUGCUCUGGGUACCAAGAUUUCUGAAAUCACUCUGGCAAUUUUUGGAUUACCAAUGAUUUUCUCUACAUUUUAA